GAUCUCUUUCGCGCGCUGAAUUCUCUUAUUAUUAUUAUCCUAAAAGCUUGGUAAAGGAAAAUAAAAAUUUCUAGAGUCCUCAACCUUGUCACAGGAACAGGAAGAAACGACUUAUUUCACGCCAAACCCUAGCGUUAGCUGAGAUCCGGAUCCCGGAAAAUGGAUGCCCCGCAAGGCGGAUCCGACCGCGACAAGUCCACUCCGUCCUCUUCUCCGAUCUCCGUCGUCUCCAAUUUCUGGAAAGAAUUUGAGUUGGAGAAGGAGAAAAGUGUGCUUGAUGAGCAAGGGCUCAGAAUAGCUGAAAAUCAAGAAAACAGCCAGAAGAACCGGCGGAAGCUAGCUGAGAGUACAAGAGAUUUCAAGAAAGCUUCACCAGAGGAGAAGUUAAGUUUGUUUAAUUCUCUACUUAAGGGUUACCAGGAAGAAGUUGAUAAUCUUACCAAGAGAGCAAAAUUUGGAGAGAAUGCGUUUCUUAACAUCUACCAGAAGCUUUAUGAGGCUCCAGAUCCUUAUCCUGCUCUUGCCUCAAUUGCUGACCAAGAUUUGAAGUUGUCUGAACUAGAGUCUGAAAACCGCAAGAUGAAAGUUGAGCUUGAAGAAUUCAGGACAGAAUCAAUGCACUUAAAAAAUCAGCAGGCAACAAUAAGAAGACAUGAGGAGCGCAACCGCCAAUUAGAACUACAGAUGGAAGAAAAAGUGAAAGAAAUUGUGGAGAUGAAGCAACGAAGCUUGGCUGAAGAAAACCAGAAAACACUAGAGGUUUUAAAAGAAAGGGAGCAAAUUUUACAAGAUCAAUUACGACAAGCUAAAGAAAGUGUUGCAAAUAUGCAAAAAUUGCAUGAACUUGCACAAAGCCAGCUGUUUGAAGUCCGUGCUCAAUCAGAGGAAGAAAGGGCUGCAAAACAAUCAGAAGUCAAUCUUCUGAUGGAUGAAGUAGAACGUGCUCAAACACUGCUUCUUAGUCUGGAGAGAGAGAAGGGGCUUUUACGUUCUCAAUUACAGUCAGCACACGAAGAGACUGAAAAUAAGAGAAGUGAUAAUGUGGAUUCAAACCGUAUCCUUGAAAAUUCUCUAAGUGCCAAAGAGAAGAUUAUCUCUGAACUGAACAUGGAACUUCACAAUAUUGAAACUACCUUGUCCAAUGAACGAGAGCAGCACAUGAGUGAGAUUAAGAAGUUGAACUCAUUGCUCAUUGAAAAGGAAGUUGUUAUUGAGGCGAUGAAGAAAGAUCUUCAGACAAGACCAACAGAAAAACUAGUUGAUGAUUUACAUAAAAAAGUGAAAAUUUUGCAGGCAGUGGGUUAUAAUUCAAUUGAGGCUGAAGAUUGGGAAGCAGCUACCAGUGGGGAAGAGAUGAGCAAAAUGGAGUCUCUUCUUCUUGAUAAAAACAGAAAAAUGGAACAUGAACUCACACAGUUGAAGGUCAAACUUUCUGAAAAAACAGCUUUUUUGGAAACUGCUGAGAGCAAAAUAGAAGAACUCACAUCAAAGGUUAAGGAACAACAAAAAUUGAUACAGAAGUUGGAAGAUGAUAUUUUGAAGGGCUACAGUUCCAAAGAUUGGAAAGGCUCCCUUUUUGAUGAUUGGGAUCUAACAGAGAGUGGGGGAACUGGCAUUUCUGAGAACCAGUAUCAGAAGCAUGCUCCCUCUGAUCAAGACCAAAGCUCAAUGCUUAAGGUGAUCUGCAAUCAGCGGGAUCGAUUUAGGGCACGUUUAAGAGAGACAGAAGAAGAAAUAAGACAACUAAAGGAGAAGAUAGGAGCACUAACGGCAGAACUGGAGAAAACAAAAGCUGACAAUGUGAAACUUUAUGGGAAAAUUCGUUAUGUCCAGGAUUACAAUCAAGAGAAAGUAGUUUCUAGGGGAUCAAAGAAGCAUGCAGAGGAUCUUGAAAGUGGUUUCACGUCAGAUGUUGAAUCUAAGUACAAAAAGAUAUAUGAAGAUGAUAUCAAUCCCUUUGCAGCAUUCUCCAAAAAGGAGAGGGAUCAAAGAUACAAGGAGUUGGGUUUCAGAGACAGAAUUACACUUCGUAGUGGGCACUUUCUCCUUGGCAAUAAGUGUGCUCGAACUUUUGCCUUUUUCUACACCAUUGGUUUGCAUAUCCUGGUAUUCACUUGUCUAUACCGAAUGUCUGCCCUAAGUUAUCUCAGCAAUGGCCUGGAGGACCUUGCAGGUGAUAAAAACCUGAACCUCCCUCACGCUCUUUAGAGAUCGUCUGCACUAAUAUUCAUUGGAUUGAAAUAGAAACAACAAAAUAGAUGUAUACAAUUUCAUAGAAUGUACAUGUAACAGAGACUUUCUUUUUUUAAUCCACAAAGAGACGGCUGCUUUGUCAAAUAGUGCUCUAUGCAACUCGGGGAUGAAAACCUACAGAAAAAUGCUGAAAGAAUGUGAACCUUUUAUUCCCCUGUAAUUCAUCUCUAUAUCUAAUUUGUAAUUCAUGCACAUUGCCGCUUGCCAUAUGAAUAAUCUUAGGAAUCAACUGUGUCAAUCUAC